AUGGGACCGAACGUCACCGUGCGCGCGAUCGAGACGGCGAGCGACGCGCAGAGGAAGGACCUGCACGUGGUUUUGGUGACGCCAAAGAUUCCCGGGAACACCGGGUGCAUCGCGCGGACGUGCGCGGCGUCGAGGGUGCCGCUGCACUUGGUGGCGCCGCUCGGAUUUUCGCUCGACGACGCGCAGUUGAAGCGCGCCGGGUUGGACUAUUGGAAAUCGGUGUGCGUCAAGGUGCACGAUGAUUGGGAUGCGUUUUACGCGUAUUGGCGCGAGCUCGGGGACGAGCGUGGGCGGUUGGUGGCGUUUUCAAAAUUCGGCGCGCGGCCGCACGCGGAGGACGGCGCGUAUCGACCGGGGGAUUGGUUGUUGUUCGGCGCCGAGACCACGGGGCUGCCAGACGCGGCGAUGGAGGCGUGCAAAGCCACGGGGGGGGUGCGUAGAAUUCCCAUCGACGAAAGUCACGUGAGGAGUUUGAAUUUGUCCGUGUCGUGCGGCAUCGGCGUGUACGAGGCUUUGCGGCAACUCGACGGUUCGCCAACCGUGGACGAAUGA